AUGGGCCGGUAUGGGCCGGAGGAGAGGACCGCUUUGAUGGAGACCCUGCGUACACAAGCUGAGCUCGUACAGCGGCAUGGCCUCUGCAGAGCUGCAACGACUUGGCAGGUGAUUUGGAGUCUUCUUCGGGGCUUCCCCAAGAACGGCUCGCUCCAAGCACGCACGGUGCCAAAAGUCGAUGUGUUCCUGUGUCACUCAUGGUCCUGCCCCGCGUGGAGCAAGGCGUUGGUACUUUGCCACUAUUUCCACGUCCAUUGGGCUACCCGCUGGGCGCUUCUGACCGCCUUGCUGGCUACGUUGCAGCUUCUUUGGCGCGCACGGAGCUUCGACGAAGUGGCGCAGAACGGUGUGGAGACCUUGCUGUGGCGUGCAGUCUAUGGCCCCCUCUCCAUCUUUCUGCUGGUCUACUUCUCAGGGUGCUGGUUGCAAAGCAAGUCAUUGUGGUUUGAUGGCAUUUGUGUGGAUCAAACAAACCUGCCACUGAGAACCAGGACCAUGCAGGCUGUCCCUGCUUUCGCAUCAGAAGCAACCAAUAUGUUGGUUGUUUGGCAUGAAAGUCUCUUCAGCAAAUUGUGGUGUGUAUACGAAAUCGCUGUGAGGGCCAAGACCUGCAGCUUUGAUUCGAUCCAUGUCGUACCAGUAUGGCUUCCCAUUUUUGUGCUUGCAAACGUUGUGUAUAAUGUGCUCGUGGUGUACACGUUGCCGGGUUUCACUUAUCCCAGUCUAAACGCUGACCCGACGUCGAGAUUUGUCUCACUUUUCUGGUUGUACAUUGAUGCUUAUGGCCUAUUGGGAUACUGCGUCUAUGCCAUUCCCAUCACCUGCUUUUGCAUGCUGAAGAUUGAGUCUCACAAAACCAUGUUGGAUCAGAUGGCUUCGUUUGACUUGAGAAAGGCAACUUGUUCUCUGGAGACAGACCGACUGAUGAUCAGGCGACAAGUUGUUGAACUCUUCGACGAGGCUUUAGAGUAUCCCUUGUCCGUUUCAUUCGAAGCAGAAGAAUCAUCGGUGUCAGACACAGAGGCGAACUCGGAUGUGGCAGCCCUGAUAUCCCCUGAGGAUCUUCAUAGCUUUCGUCAUGUCACCAGCUACCCAACGGAGGAACAAAUCAUCGAUGAGUUCAACGCCUACGUCCGAGGGCCACUGCGUGAAAGCGUGGUGCGCUCUUUGGGGCGGGAAGACCAGAUCCCCUUGAAGCUGUGCAUGUUUGCAUUUUGGCCCUCUUCUGCUGGCGGGGCGGCCUGGGCACUGGGGUGCGAAGGUCGUAGCCAUUGUCAGGAUGCAGCUAGCAAUCUGCAGUUCGAUUCUGUGGCAUGGUAUUUGAUCACACAAGCGAUCAACUCGGUCGUAUUUUGGCCGUUGCUCUCUCUCCUCACCUUGCCCUUGGUUUUGCGGACGAACCGCCUGGUCAUGGACAUGGUCACCAGCCCACGCUUGCAGUUCACUGUCUGCCUUGCUUCCACCUCACUGGUCCUUUUCCUUUGGUGGGGCCUUUUCUCAGCCUCUCAGACUGCGACGACUUUGGUGGGUGCAAGCGAGGUCUCACCGCUUUGGUUGUCGGGUGUGUUCGCAGAAUUUGCCUUUCAAUGCUGGAUGCUGUGGUAUUUCUUCCUGCGAAACCAGGAAGAUCAUACAAGUUCACGGCACCUUGCAAGAGGAUGGUGA